AUGGCUGCCAUUCAGGAAAAGGCAGCAGAUGAAAUGACUUCGGAGAUGCAUCGUGGCUCUCUGCUACACUUUCAUCAACGCCUGGGGCAUCUGUCGUACGAUGCAAUUGAGAAGGUCGCGAGAAAUCCAAGCUCGGGUAUCGAGCUGACGGACCACAAACGGAUGACAUGCAUCACGUGCGCACAAUCCAAGCAGACAAAAAACAAGCAGAACCAGAAAGACUCUGGACAGAACGCCCCGAUCGACCGCAUCGGCGGUGUCAUCUGCUCGGACCUAAAAGGCCCACUAACGCCUGCGGAUCGACUCGAAAACCGAUAUCUGAUCAACUUCAUCGAUUACAAGACCAACUACUGUCGAGUUUUCUUAGCUCGAACCAAGGACGCUGCGGCAAAGAAGUUCGAACACUUCUUGGUGUUCUUUGAGCGACGAUUUGAGUGCAGAAUCGCGGUUCUCAGAACAGAUAGCGGUGGAGAAUACCAGAAUGUUGACCUGUUUUGCAAUUUGACAGGCGUUGCAAGACAAGUGAGUGAAGCGCGAAAUUAA